AUGAAAUCAAAUACAUUAGAAAAAAAAAAAAAGAAAAAAGUGCAAGGAUUAAGUGAAGCACCAAAGGGGGCAGAAACGGAAAGCAAAGAAAACGAAAUAAGGAAAACAUCAAUUCAAAAUAAUGUAUGUGCUCAUAUUUUGUGCAACAAAAAUGAAACGUUUACAAGAUUUUUAUUUCCAAAAAAUCCAAGAGCCUUUAACAAUUUGAUCGAGUUUUCCUUUUCGAAUGAGCAAUUUGUACCAGUAGAUCACAUAGACCAUACAGUUUUUCAUUUGGACUUGAAAUCAUGUCUAAUUAGGAAGGACAGCGAUGAGGGGAAAAAACAAAUAGACAUAAUAAAAAAGAAAAUUGAGAAAGCAAAUCAUUUUACAUUCCUAAAUGGAAACGGUUACAGAUAUGCAUAUUGCAUAUAUCACAAGUCUAAAAAUUGCUUUGACUACGUUGACAGAUACACCCAGACAGUUCCGAAAUUAUUUAAGUACGCCGCUGUUUGUUCAUCAUGCAUCAACUGUACUCCUUUUCACAUAUCAGUUUGUCAGUCUAUAAUAUAUGACGCAUAUUUGCUCGAGUUCCAAAAGAUGUCCAAGGAGGACGAUAAAGCGGAUAAAGAAAAAUAUAAUAGCGAUAAAAAAGAAGACGAGGAAAAAUGUAAGAAAUGCAGCAGCAAUGUAGAUCUAUGUUUUAGCCCUGACUCAUGUACCGGUGGAGGAGAGGAUUCAGAUGCUGGCUCAAGCAACUACUCUGAUGAUGCAAAAAUUGCAACAGUUCUUUUUUCUUCUUCUAGUUCGAGUGAUAACAACUCGGAUGUAGUUAGCGAAGAUAAUGAUUAUAUAAACAAAGCAGCUUAUACCAAUGGGGAUGAAAAGGGGGAAGAAUAUGAGGACGAAGAUGAAUAUGAUGAAGAGGGGGACGAAUAUGAUGAGGAGGAUGAGUAUGAUGAGGAGGAUGCGUAUGAAGAGGAGGAUGCUUAUGAAGAGGAGGAUGCUUAUGAAGAGGAGGAUGAGUAUCAAGGGAAGGAGAGGUAUGAUGAAGGGGAAAUACAGGAUGAAGGAGACAGACAUGUUGAAGGGGGAAAUUAUAAUGACGGAGAUGAUGAUAAGCAUACUGGGGGAGAAGGUACCACCGAUGUUGAUGUAAAUAACAGCAGAAAAGAAAAUUUAAAAAGAGAAAACAAUGACAUAAUGAAAUCUUUGAAAAGUCGUGUUAAGGGUGUGAAAGAAAACGAGACCGUAAGAAAAAAAGACGAUGACUCCUUGCUUAAUGAAAAAAAAAAAAAAAAAAAAAAAAACAACUAUGAUAAUUACAGCUGUUAUAAUGGUACGAAUAAUGGGGUAGUUAAAAUAAAGAAGAGGAAGAAAAAAAAAAAGACAUCAAUUAGUGGAAAACAUGAACUAUAUUUUAUCAAUUACAAAGAUUUAAAAGAACAAAAACAUGAAGAGUUAAAAUUUAUUUAUCACGACAAUAAGGUAAAAAAGAACGAUACGAAAAUAAUACAAAAAAAAAGAUUCUUAAAAACAUUAAAAUUAAUGGAUAGAAUAUAUAAUAAAAAUAAUGAAGAAGAUAUUUACUUAUGUUAUAAAAAUAAAAAUAAUAAAAAUAUAUUAACAAAAUUAUGGGUAUUUUCUUUAAAUUCUUAUCAUUUAGUUGUUACUGAUAUUAAAUUUCAUCCUUUCUAUGAAGAUUUAUUUGCUAUAUCUUUUAAAAAUAAUGACCUAAAAAUGAACAUGGGUAUAUUGUGUUGUUUUACUUUUAAAAAUACUAAAAGUCCUGAACAUUUUUUAAAAACUAAUUUUCAUAUACAUUCGAUUGAAUGGUCAUCUGUGAAUUAUUCUAUAAUAAUUAUUGGCUUAUCUAAUGGAAAUAUAUGUAUAUAUGAUUUAAAAAAAAAAAAAAAAGACAGAUUGAUUUUUGAAAGUAAUUUUAGACAAAUAUAUAACAGGGAUAUAAUUUCCCAAAUAUUAUUUCAUCAGAAAAGCAAAAUAUUCUAUUCUGUUUCUUAUGAUGGAUGUGUUUUUAGUUGGAAGUAUAAUAAUAAAUUUACCGUAGGUGAAAAAUUAUUAACUUUAGAAAAAGACAUCACUGACUUUAGCGAUUCUUUAAAUAUUAUACAUACACAAUCAAUAACAUGUAUUGACUUCAAUCCUUUUAAAACUAAUCUAUUUCUAAUUGGAACAAAUAAGGGGAAAAUUUAUCUCUAUUCUAGUACCUACUCUGAUAAUUAUUUAAAUUUUUAUAACGAGCAUACCAUGUCUAUUAACUCUAUUUCGUAUAACAAAUUCAAAAAGGACAUCUUCAUUUCGUCAUCCUACGACUGGACCAUAAGGAUAUGGGAUCAAAAGAGAAAAAACUCUCUGCUCAUAUUCGACAUCAAGGAGGUACCUCCAGAAAACGCGCUCACAGUUGCACAGGCAUCUCGUUACGAGUGUUCCCCUGUUAUGAGAUGCGUAUAUGAUGUGAGCUGGUCCCCUUUUUUGUCUACCUGCUUCUUUGUCAUAAGUGCAAAUGCUCAUGGAAAUAUUCAUAUAUAUGAUCUAAGUAUUGACAUAAAUAAAGCAAUAAUUAGUGAAGCAAUAACAAAAAAAAAAAAGCUAAGAAAAUUAUGUGUUAAUAAAUUCAAAGAAGUCAUACUUAUAGGUGAAGAAAAUGGAAAUAUAUAUUCUUAUAAAAUAUCUUAUACAUUUAAUCAAAUGUAUAUGGACUAUUUGAAAGGAAAAAUUAGUAAGUCUUUUCAAAUUCAAAUAAUGAAUUCAUUCUUAAGUAAAGUCCAGUAA